UUGUCCAAAGGGCCGAACAGACAGAAGAAGAACUUUUAUUUACAUUAUAAAUAGUUUUUUCAUUCACUUUUUUUUUCGUGCCCGUUUCACACCAGCGAGGCCCCACGUGACCACGGAAGUACUUUUAUUUUUUUUAAACUGAACCACCUGUCUUGAAGUGUACCACUCGGUGCUUCCUUUUCUCUUCUGCUGUCAUUCUCGGCACAUCCUCCCGUGAGCGCAUGAGCACGCCCGUGCUUCAUGCUGAUGUGAGCGCCGCCUCGCUCCCUCUCUGUUUGCCAUCCUCGCCCGCCCUCUCAGCCCCGUGAGGCUCACAACGAACCUUUAGUGAUGUGUGAUAACGGAGACCCCGAGGAUAAACCCCCGGCCCCUCCGGUCCGGAUGAGCAGCACCAUCUUCAGCACCGGCUCUGGCAAAGACUCCCUCUCGGCCAACCACAGCUCUAAACCGCUGCCAUCGGUGCCCGAGGAGAGGAAACGCAACAAGAUCAUCUCAAUCUUCUCCGGGGCUGAAAAGGGUGGUAGAAAGAAAGAUCGAGACAAAGAGCGACCAGAGAUCUCACCACCUUCAGAUUUUGAACACACCAUACAUGUUGGGUUCGAUGCUGUCACGGGGGAGUUCACUGGAAUGCCAGAGCAAUGGGCUCGGCUACUCCAGACAUCGAACAUCACCAAGUCGGAGCAGAAGAAGAACCCACAGGCCGUGCUCGACGUCUUAAAGUUCUACGACUCUACGGGCAACAGCCGUCAGAAGUACCUCAGCUUCUCAUCUUCUGAAAAAGACGCAUUCACUCCAGGGCCUCAGUCUCCGAUCAAAAAAGGCACCGAACCGUCUUCUCCGAAUAUCAAAGAUAUUGACGACGAUGACGAUGAUGAAACUCCUCCUCCGAUCGUGGCACCGAGACCAGAAUACACAAAGAGUGUGUACACUCGCUCUGUUAUCGACCCCAUCCCGGCUCCCAGCACGUGUCCAGACGGAGACACUGCCUCCAAGGCGGCGGACCGACAGAAAAAGAAGGGCAAGAUGACGGAUGAGGAGAUCAUGGACAAACUGAGAACGAUAGUCAGCAUCGGAGAUCCCAAGAAGAAAUACACCAGAUAUGAAAAAAUCGGUCAGGGGGCAUCAGGAACAGUAUUCACCGCCAUCGAUGUCGCCACGGGACAGGAGGUCGCCAUUAAACAGAUCAACUUGCAGAAGCAGCCGAAGAAGGAGCUGAUCAUCAACGAGAUUCUAGUCAUGAAGGAGUUAAAGAACCCAAACAUCGUUAACUUUUUAGACAGUUUCCUGAUGGGGGAGGAGCUGUAUGUGGUGAUGGAGUACCUGGCUGGUGGCUCACUGACAGAUGUGGUAACAGAGACCUGUAUGGACGAGGCCCAGAUAGCCGCUGUCUGCCGAGAGUGUUUACAAGCGCUGGAGUUCCUGCAUGCGAACCAGGUCAUUCACAGAGACAUCAAAAGUGACAAUGUGUUACUUGGGAUGGACGGCUCCGUCAAGCUCACCGACUUUGGCUUCUGCGCCCAGAUCACUCCGGAGCAGAGCAAACGCAGCACCAUGGUAGGAACGCCGUACUGGAUGGCUCCGGAGGUGGUGACCAGGAAGGCUUAUGGGCCCAAAGUGGACAUUUGGUCACUGGGUAUAAUGGCCAUUGAGAUGGUCGAAGGAGAACCUCCCUACUUGAACGAGAACCCACUACGAGCUUUAUACCUGAUCGCCACAAACGGCACACCUGAGCUCCAGAACCCGGAGAAGCUGUCUCCGGUCUUCAGAGAUUUCCUCAACCGUUGCUUGGAAAUGGAUGUGGAGAAGAGAGGCGGAGGCAAAGAGCUGCUGCAGCAUCCGUUCCUGAAGCUGGCGAAGCCGCUCUCCAGCCUCACACCUCUCAUCCUGGCGGCCAAGGAGGCCAUGAAGGGCAACCGUUAGCCGACGCAGCUAGCCGCCGUGCCUUCUCCAUGCUGUGCACAGACACGUGCCAACCAUUUAGAUUUUUUAGUGCCAGACAAUAGGCUGAGAGUGACUUGCCACUCUCGAUGCACCAGCCUUAAAAAAAAAAAAAAAAAAAAAAAAAAAAAAAAAAGCCCUGACAAACCUCACUGUGAAGAAGACCAAAAAAAAGAAGAUAUAGAGAGCACAACUCCACCGCUGUCCUUAUGAACUCUAUUCUCACUCAGAUGUCAGAAGACAAGUCAAACUAAAGUGCUUAGUUUCAGAGUCGGGCGUAGUUAUUUUGUACAACGAAUCUGGUGACAAGUUAGAGCUAUCUCGUAUUUAACUUGGAAUGAAGAAGAUGCCUAGUUUCUAUGUUUAGUUUGUUUUUUUAAUCAACUGCCUUAAACAAAUGCAAAAUGUUGCCUAAUGUAUUGUCGAUUGUGUCAAUGUUUCUCUUCACGUGAUUUUUACUACCUUUGUAAUUUACAGUUCAGCUUGUCAGCGUCUUAGUUAUUUUGAUACUUGAAUUUCAUAUUUGUCCCCCUGUCUUGUUAUGUAGUCGGUCUUCAUUGAACGAACACUCUUUGCUAUUUCCACAUCGUGUUUUAUGGACAUUUUUCUCCUACCGGUUUUUAUAGGAAACAUUUCCGUACAUUUGUCAUCAUGAACACACCUGACAGACCUACUGUACCAGUCCCCCCCCUCCCCCGUAUCAUUAGUCUUCUGAUACCAGAGGUGCACCUUACAGGUAAAACUUUUUAAUGUUAGAUUGACAGGGUUUAUACUUUCUUCUCUUAGCUGUUAUUAAAAAAAAUGAGUAUUGUAUGUUGAACUCUGUCCUUUUGUGUUAUUCUAGACUAAACAAAUGUGCUUUUCCCUUGUGUAUAUUGUGUUCUUAAUGUUUAGUUUGAUUUUUAAAGAAAGUGGCCAUAUCGUAGUGGUUAGCUGUCGAAAAGGCUGAUGAAGACAAUUUGUUUAUUUUAUUUUUUUCUUUUGGACGACUAACAACCUUGUCUGCGCACUCAAAUAAAAUG